AUGGAUGCUGCCGAGCCGCGGAUGGACAGCCGUACGGGCCGCACCGGCGGUACUGGCGGCAACGGGCAACCUAAUCCAAACUCGCCAGUCUCCCCUUCUCCCACACUUCCCCCUUCCCCCCUUUCCCCUUCUUCCCCUCCGGCAACCUCCCGGCCUUUCUCCGCGCUAACUCGCGCCAUCUCCCUCACGCCCACCCGCGGCGCAUCAUCCGGCGGGCUGACCCGCGGCGCAUCAUCCGGCGCGCUGAGUCGCGGUGCUUCCGGGUCGCUCGCGCCAACUCGCGCGCAGCUUUCCGCGCUGCGCCGCGCGGCCGCGUUCCAGCAGCAGCAUCCGUCGUGCUGGCCGAGCCGCGGCCGCAUGCAGGCGACGACGGACUCGUUUGACUUCAACGAGCUCGGGUUGACCGACGUUGACUGGAUGGGCGACGAUGGCGACUCGCCCGCAUCUGCGAAAUCGCCAGGAGAAGCCGUCGACGAUGCCACGUCAUCCCCGUCCAAUCGGACCGCGCCGUCGGACCGUAACGACGAACCGUGUCGCGGCGCUGAAACGGUUACCGCGUGUCCACCACAUCAGCCGUAA